AGGUGCAGCUGUUUUUAAGGUUUUCUUAAAUGAUCGUUUCUCAUCGGUGGCGACGCUGUAGAAAAUGGCAGCCACUCUAAAGAAAACUGACGUAAUCAACUAGGCCGUGACUCUCCAGCACAACAAGCAACGCUUUUUCUUCUUCUUAUAAGCGCUACCACCUUGCUGUCCGCCAUUUGAGCACGGUUCUGCGUCAGAUGCAUUACGUACGGAGCUAUUUCUUCUACGAGAGUGCACGCCCCCUUGGGAGAUCUGCUCUGUUCGUGCUGAAUUGCAACUUCAUGCGAGCGGCAUCGGCUUCUUGUCUGUCUCUGCAAUCAUUGAAAGCAAGGAGGUCCUACAUUAGCCGCCACCUAGCGAGAGUGUGUUGACCAAAAACAUUGCUGUAUUGCUACAGUUGGAGUCGCGUAAUCUGAGAUCGCUUCUCGAGCAAGAAGACGGUUACUCCUACGUGUUUCAGAGAUUGUGACUGCGAGCGAGCCGGAAAGCAGCCGUCCUGCUUUCUUUCGACAUGAAUAGUGAAGGAGAUGAAGAUUUGCCUUCACCGUACUUAUCAUUUUUAGUCAGGACACAUAUGCUUCGCACAACGGAUGGUACUCCGCACGACGCAAGGACUGGCUGCUAGACAGAAAGUGAGGCUUCGUGGGCGUCGUGUUUCACUGUUAUGGAGCAAACUGGUACUCAGGUGAACGUGCACAUCAUUUGCUGUUGGAAGAACAAAAUGGAGUUGCAUGGCCGUGUCCCUUUAUGACUGAGUUGACGCGUAUCCUCAAGUAUCAACUGACAGAGCCACCACAGCUUGUGCAUAGACCUGCUAGGUCAGUACCGGCAAGUGCGCAGACAGAUCGAACUGCCAGACAGUUCUUAGAUUCACGCACAGAAAGCGACGGUAAGCUUCCGGUGCUUUCGCUACCUUUUGUUUGUAAGUUUUCUCUUUUCUUCUACAGCUGUGGCAGAGAACGGCCACGAUAGCACAGCAUACACUUAUCGCAUGACACAUGAAGCUACGACCUCUGUUGAAGAGGUUUUAAGAAUCAUGACGCGGCAGAUCACAAAGCCGUUUCUCAGAACCUGUUGCUUCAAGACGGUGCCCUGACGGUGGCGGAGAUGUGGACACCUUGCAAUGAGCUCAACUGCCAACCUGAAAGGUUGCUGCACGACGUAGUUGUUAGAGGUCUGAUGAUGGGGCUGCUGUGUGUGGCCUUCUCACCCUCUAUGCCGCUCGAGGGGGUACUCCUUCAUUAGUUUGUUCACCUCAAUUCUCGACAACGUUUGUGGCGUACACAUUGAGAGCUCAGCUGCAGACAAGCAAGCCCGCGCCUCUCGUGGCGAGAUUGCGCAUGUAACACACCCGCUCUGCCGGUCUGAUGCCACAGAUUGCGUACAUCAUCUAGCGGAAGCGCGCUUUCGACGAGAGAGGCGAUUGCCGCCGAGCUCUCUUCUGCUUUUUUUUAUCCCUUCUCUCUCGCUAUCGAGGCAGAGUAGCUGGCCUCGGUGAUUCCAUGGACUAUGCUGUUCAACUAGGCAGUCACGAAGGGAAGUAAAAGAGAUGAGCACUUUUUUCUUCCCUUGGGUGCUCUUUUGUCCCAACUGACCUUUCAUAAGGGGAGCUUCACUUUGGAUCUUUCCGUGUGACUCUGCUUUUGUGCGAGUCAGCAGCUGUUUCAUUCGUUUUCAAGCGCUGGCAAACUAUCCGUGCAGCGUUUCCCUAUACCUUUCAGCUGCAGUGACCUCCGCUGCGAACUACCCGAGUGACUACAGGCAGUGGCUCGCCAAGCUCAUCAGCUUCGACACCGUCAGCCGCAACUCCAACCUCCCCCUCGUCGACUACGUCAAGGCGUACCUCAAGACCGUCGGCGUGGAGUCCACGCUGGUGUACAACCCGGCGAGGACGCACGCGAACCUGUGGGCGACGCUGCCCGGCGAGGGCGGGGUCACGCAGGGCGGCAUCGUGCUGUCGGGCCACACGGACGUGGUGCCGGUGGACGGCCAGAAGUGGGACACCGACCCCUUCACGAUGGUGGAGAAGGAUGGCAAGCUGUUUGGCCGCGGUGCGUGCGACAUGAAGGGCUUUCUGGCGGUGGUGCUGGCGCUGGUGCCGCAGCUCCUGUCGAUGAAGCGCGCGAAGCCGGUUCACAUUGCCUUCUCGUUUGACGAGGAGCUGGGAUGUUGCGGUGUUCCCUACCUAAUCGACUACCUGAAGGCGAAGGGCUUCAAGGCGGAUGGCUGCCUCAUUGGUGAGCCCACAGGAAUGAAAGUGGAGACAGGUAACAAAGGCUUCUGUGAGUGGCACGUUGAGGUGCACGGCGAGGCGAUCCACUCCUCCAUGGCACUGAUGAACACGAGCUGCAACGCCAACGAUUGUGUUGCGCCAACUGUGGCGAGCAUGCGCGGAGUGGGGUUCGUGCUGCAGAAGAAGACUGGCAUGACCUACAUCCAAGUCAGCAGAACGAUAACUCAGCGCCAUAGGACGGCACGCCUUUAUCUCCAACGGCGACAGCUAUGGUCAAGGGAGGAAAUGCGGUGCGUAUCAAACCCAGCGAAGACCGCUCCAUUUUCAGCGUGCGUAUUAUAG